AUGGCUGCAGAGGAGUCUCGCCCCUUGCUGGGUUACCCCGCGUCGGACUCCUACCCGAGAGUGCAGAACAAGAAGUUGUACCUGGCCACGUUCGCCGCUGUCUUGGGACCGCUUAGCUUUGGCUUCGUGCUGGGCUAUAGCUCACCUGUUAUUCCAGAGCUGAGGAAACUCAACGAUCCUAAAUUAAGAUUGGACAGCAGUCAAGCCUCAUGGUUUGGGUCAGUGGUAACACUAGGAGCUGCUGCUGGAGGAAUACUGGGAGGCUAUCUUGUGGAUAAAGUUGGGAGGAAGCUGAGCCUAAUGCUGUGCUCAGUACCCUAUGUUUUUGGGUAUCUGGUUAUUAUCUCUGCUCAGAAUAUUUGGAUGCUCUAUUUUGGACGAAUGCUGUCAGGCUUAGCCAGUGGCAUCACUUCACUCGUUGUUCCAGUGUAUAUAUCUGAAGUAUCUCAUCCUAAAGUCCGUGGUAUGCUUGGCUCUUGUGUUCAGCUGAUGGUGGUGACUGGCAUACUGGGAGCUUACGUUGCAGGAAUAGCACUGAGAUGGCACUGGCUGGCAGUGUUGGGUUCUCUGCCACCCUGCAUGAUGCUGCUGUUGAUGUCCUUCAUGCCCGAGACACCCAGGUUCCUGCUGAGCCGCAACGAGCGCUCCAAGGCCGUGGCUGCUUUGUGCUUCCUGCGGGGACCACAGGCAGACCACGAGUGGGAAUGUCAGCAGAUCGAAGCUGGUGUUCAGGAAGAGGAACUGAAACUCUCUGAAUUUAAGAACCCCUCAAUCUACAGGCCACUUCUUAUUGGUGUGGCUUUGAUGUUCUUCCAGCAAGUAACAGGCAUAAAUGCCAUUAUGUUUUAUGCAGAAACUAUCUUUGAGGAUGCAAACUUCAAGGACAGCAGACUGGCUUCUGUUGUUGUGGGGUCCAUACAAGUGUGUUUCACUGCUGUGGCUGCAUUUAUCAUAGAUAAAACUGGACGAAAAGUGCUGCUUUACCUAUCUGGGAUAAUCAUGGCUCUCAGUACUGCAUUGUUUGGGCUUUACUUUAAAGUGGUCCUUCCAAAUCAAAACAACAACUCCUCAAAUCCUGAUGUGUGGUUCACUCUAAAUUCAGCAUCCCCAGGAACAGAAAACAGCAUGUCCUGGCUUGCAGUGGUGAGCCUAGGGCUCUUUGUUGCUGGCUUUGCCCUUGGCUGGGGCCCUAUUCCAUGGCUGGUGAUAUCAGAAAUCUUCCCCCUUAAAGCUCGAGGCAUUUCGAGUGCUGCCUGUGUGCUGACCAACUGGAUCAUGGCCUUCUUGGUUACCAAAGAGUUUCAGGAUCUCCUAGCUUUCUUAACAUCGUAUGGAACGUUCUGGCUCUUCUCUGCCUUCUGCUGCCUCAAUGUAACUUUUACAGCCUUUUAUGUUCCUGAAACAAAAGGACAGACCCUGGAACAAAUUGAGACCUACUUCAGAAGAUCUUAAAGCCUACAGCUUUUUAUACUGGUGGGAAACCUUCAUAUCAUGACUUACGGUGCUGUGGUUGAAACUGCCUGCAUCACUUGGUGGAGGUCUGUUACAAACUUGCUACCAAAUAAUUUUAAUGAAUUUUGUAAAAUCUGAACUCUGUUUUUUUAAAAUAUCUGUGGGGAAUCUGCACACACUUCUGCAUGCUCCCUGUGGUAAAUCUCCCUUGUGCAAGUCUUGAGCAUAAUCUUUUUUGAAUUGUGUUCUUUUUACCUGGUGCAGACUGACAAU